AUGUCGUCCAAAUCUCAAUUGACAUACAGCGCUCGGGCGACAACCCACCCCAAUCUCCUGGCCCGAAAGCUCUUCCAAGUAGCAGAAGCUAAGAAGAGCAAUGUGACCGUGUCCGCCGACGUGACCACCACCAAAGAACUCCUUGAUCUUGCCGAUCGCCUCGGUCCAUACAUUGCUGUCCUCAAAACCCACAUUGACAUUCUGUCCGACUUCGGCGAAGCGACCACUGAGGGUCUCAAAGCGCUCGCCGAGAAACACAACUUCCUGAUCUUCGAAGAUCGCAAGUUCGUCGACAUCGGCAACACGGUCCAAAAGCAAUACCACGGCGGCACCCUCCGUAUCUCGGAAUGGUCCCACAUCAUCAACUGCAGUAUCCUGCCCGGAGAAGGCAUUGUCGAGGCUCUCGCUCAGACCGCCCAGGCCCCCGACUUCCCCCACGGCUCAGAGCGCGGUCUUCUGAUCCUCGCUGAGAUGACCUCGAAAGGGUCAUUGGCCACAGGAGCCUAUACCUCCGCCUCGGUAGACUAUGCGCGCAAGUAUCCCAGCUUUGUGCUCGGCUUCGUGUCGACUCGCUCGCUGAACGAGGUUGAGUCGUCGGUCAAGGCGGCUAGCGAUGAGGACUUUGUGGUGUUCACAACUGGUGUCAAUCUUUCUUCUAAAGGGGAUAAGCUGGGACAGCAGUAUCAAACCCCCCAGUCGGCUAUUGGCCGUGGUGCGGACUUUAUUAUUGCGGGCCGUGGCAUCUAUGCGGCUCCUGAUCCUGUGGAGGCAGCGAAGCAAUAUCAGCAGCAAGGCUGGGAGGCUUACCUGGCCCGUAUCGGCGGUGCUAGCCAAUAG